AUGUCAAACCUUGACUCGAUGACACCUCGCGUUUUCCUUGCUCGUCAUGGCGAGACGGAAUGGACAAAGAACGGCCGAACCGGCAAACUGAUUGAUCCUACCCGUAUCGCACGUAUAUGGGUGAGUCCGCGCAAGCGGGCGCAGCAGACAUUUCGGCUUCUCUUCGAUGUCGAUGGUCGUGAUGACUACGGGAACUUGGUAGAGGUCUCGGAGGAUAUCGCGGAGUGGGAUUACGGUGAUUAUGAAGGGUUACGAGUGGGAGAGGUACGGUCGUCUAGGAAGGAGAGAGGCUUAGAUCGGGACCAGGAUUGGAAUAUAUGGAGACAUGGAUAUGAGGGCGGGGAGUCCGCGCAGCAGGUAACUGAGAGACUGGACCGCUUGAUUAGCAAGAUUCGCGACCUUCAGAGACCAUUCAUGGAUGGCUCCGAACCUGCCGAUGUCGUUCUGGCACAUUCUAGAUGCUCUCGCUUCUCACAACCCAAACUCUGA